CAGCCUCUUGGCAUCAGCCGUGAAAACACCAUCCCUCCCAGCAGAGCAGCGAGAAUGUGGCAUGAGAAACACCCAGAGCCCGGCGGCCUGCGGUUCUCGGCGUGUUUACUUUUCGGAACAAGGAGCGGUCUGAUUCCCCGGCGCUGCGCACCGCCGCCGCCCGCCUGCGUGGAAGCGCCUGCGGAAUUAUAGCCGGACUGGUGCGACGUGGCUAAACUUUUCCCGAGCUGGACGCUGACGGCGCGGAGAGAUCUCCUCCGGUAGAAGCGGGUUCCUCGCGUUCAUCGACGGCAAGCCCUAAAGCCCUGCCGAGGGCGGACUGUGCGCCCCAGCCGAGCGGGCGGGGAGGAGCGCGAUGCGACGCCGGCGAUGAUCGACUUGGUGGAGAGUUGGGAGAGACGGCGCAUCAAAGGCGUAAAAGAGUUCCCUUCAAGGCGAUAGCUUUGUAGCUGCAGGCUUACUGAUACUGACAUGUGUGAAGUGGCCAUGGAGGAGCAGGGCAGUGAGAUCACGGACAUGGAGCCGUGCGCCUCCCUGGGGGAGCUCAUGGUGGUGACCCCGCGCCGCCGGCUCGACCCCCCGCUCAGCGUGGUGUGGACGACCCUGCUCUACUGCGCCGAGCUGGUCACCGCCGGCGUCCUCUGCCGCACGCUGCACGACGACAAGGAUGUGAUCUGGCUGGGCGCCACCAUCGCCUUCAUGCUGGUGCCCGCUGUGGUCAUCCAGUUCACCCUGACCUUCAUCCACAGGGACCUGGGCCGGGACCGGCCGAUGGUCCUGUUGCUGCACCUGCUGCAGCUCGGACCCGUCAUCAGGUGCUUCGAGGCUCUGGUGGUCUACUUCAAGGCGGGCAAAAGGGAGGAGCCUUACGUCACCAUCUCCAGAAAGAUCAGCCUGGAGAAAGGCCAGGAGGUCCACAAGGAGCUGGAAAUUGGCCAGACGGAGCGGACGCUGGCCACGCACAGGAACGCCUUCAAACGCACCGCCGUCAUCCAGGCGUUCCUGGGCUCCACGCCUCAGCUGACGCUCCAGCUGUACGCCACCAUCCAGGAGAAGUAUCUGCUCUCUGUUAGAUUGGCUCUGAUGAUCAUCACCCUGAUCUCCAUCACCUACGGCGCUCUGGUCUGCAGCGUCCUGGCUAUCCAGAUCGUGUACGACAACUACAAGGUGCGGCUGCGCCCCGGCGCCUACCUGUGCAUGGUGGUCUGGAGGGCUCUGGAGAUCGCCACCCGCGUCACCACUCUGGUCCUCUUCAGCACGGCCCUCACCCACUGGGUGUUCCUGGUGGGCGUGGCCAACCUGCUCUUCUUCUUCUUCCUCCCCUGGGUGGAGUUCUGGGCCAGGAAGGGGUCGUUGGCCGAGGGGGUGGAGAAGAACUUCUCCAAGCUGGGCACCACGGUGGUGCUGUGCAUGUUCACGCUGCUGUACGCCUGCAUCAACGUGUUCUGCUGGUCGGCGGUGAAGCUCGACCUGGCCCACCCGGAGCUCAUCGACAGGACGCAGAGCUGGGGCCGCCUGGCCUUGUACUACUCCGGACGCUUCGUGGAGAACUUCGUCCUCAUCACGCUCUGGUACUUCUUCAAGUCGGACUUCUACGAGUACGUGUGCGCGCCGCUGCUGGUGGUGCAGCUGCUGAUCUGCUACAGCCUGGCCGUGCUCUUCAUGCUGCUCUUCCACCAGUUCUGCCACCCGUGCAGGCGCCUCUUCCAGUACAACGUCCACGACUGCCUGCACUGCGUCUGCUGCCGCCGGGCGGGGCGCGGGGCGAGAAACGGGCGGGGCAACGUGCCGCCCUCCUACUCCACGGCUGCCACCAUGGUGCUGGUUCCAGAGGAGCCGCUGGAGCUGCUGGACCCCCAGAACUCCCUUCCUCCGGACGUCACCAGGCAGCUGGGGGCGCGAGAGUCAUCGGCCUGACGGGGAAACACGAGGCGCGGCCCCCCCUUGGCGAGGCCUUCGAGCCGCUCAGACUGAACACUAGAUGGGUUUUUCAAGAACAAAUAUUGGACUUUCCCCGUCUGCAGGAUCAUUAUUACACCCAAAGCGGGCCCCAGUCUACCAAAGAAUGUAGCACUUCAAGAUAUGCGGGCGAUGCACAAAGGCGGCUGUUGAGAAAGCAGCGCUGAGCCAGGUGUGAAGGGGGGGAAUGUGCCAAGCGGGUGUGUGUGAAGUGGCCGAAACGCCGACCGGGACAGAUCCAGUUUACCUCCCCUCAGGGUCUCAAUAAUCCCCGUUAGAACCUCCUUUUGCACACAUCCGCAUCUGCACUGAUCAGACUGGGAACGGCAGAAAAAAAAAUUGUUACAAAGCUUUUAAUGCUUUUGUCUCAUGCCAAGCUGUUGCCUUUUUUUUAUUAUUUACAGCUCACUACCUUUUUAGAUGGAGGGAAAGCAGAGCGGUUUAGAUGGCGGCAUUGUGCUGCAUGU